GUGUGUGUGUGUGUGUGUGUGUGUGUGUGUGUGUGUGUGUGUGUGUGUGUGUGUGUGUGUGUGUGUGUGUGUGUGUAUGGCGGGUAGGGGGGGUGUAUGCCGAUGAACUCUUGGUGUAUUCAUGUUCCCGGGUGCGAGCAGCGGCUUCGGUGCUAGCCAGUGAUAAAAUGUCCUGAAUGGCGGAGAGGGUCUCCUGUGAAUUACAUAGAUGUGUUCGUGACAUGCCCGUGGUCGUUGGCCGGUUUGGGAACACAAGGGGAGUUUUUUAACCUAUUUGAAUGGUCCACAUAUCCCAUUUUCGGCCCCAGAAGCCCCGGUCCAGGAACAAGAGAGAAGACGAGCUGCGGAUGUGCAGAGGGGCUAUUUGUGGGAGAAGCUAACCUCCAGGACCGGACUACGGCCUGGCAUCCUGCUGUGAUCUGCUCCCCUCGGACAGCCCUCGGUGUGUGAUCCCACUGCAAGGCCGGGAAUGGAGUGAAAGUAGGAGAUUUCCCUCCAUCUCUUCACACGCGUCUGAUCUGGACCCAGCGUUGAGCUGUCUCUGUCAUAAAGUCCUUUGCCGCUUCAUUCAGAGCCCUUGCCAGAUAUUCAGAGCCGGUUUCCAGAGAUGGACAGUUGGGCCACAUCAGCCGCCAAGAUGAAUCCCUACAGCCGAGCCCGCAUGGCUGAAACAUGGCAGCAGCAUGCUGUUGCGCCUCCUCAAGUUGUCCACACACUCCCUGCUGGAACUGAGAGUGCGUUAGGCUGCGCUGUGUACGGCAUCGUUCUGCAGCCAGACGCUUCGUCCUUACAGCCGCAACAGAGCCAGCAUGGACAGCACAGCCAACAGCACAACGGAUCAAGUCAGCCGCAUGGAGGUGGACCGCACAGUCAGCAGCACCCUGCCCAGGCCCAGCAGACCUCCCUACAGGUGGGGGCGGAGGGAGGGCACAAGUGUGGGGCCUGUGGACAUGAUAUCUCACACCUGGCCAACCCGCAUGAGCACCAGUGCAUGGUGAGUCAGGACAGGUCAUUCCAGUGUACACAGUGCUUGAAGAUUUUCCACCAGGCGACAGACCUGCUGGAGCACCAGUGUGUCCAGGUGGAGCAGAAGCCAUUUGUGUGUGGGGUGUGUAAGAUGGGCUUCUCCCUGCUUACCUCUUUAGCCCAGCACCACACAUCCCACAACAGCACCAACCCAAUGAAAUGCUCCAUCUGUGAGAAGACGUACAGACCUGGUUCUUCUGGCAAUGUCACACCCAACCAAAACAUCCAGCAGUCCAGCACAGACCGAGCGUCGACCAGCAGCAGCUCGUCCAUCCUUCCCUUUCCCUCAGCGCGAGACCGGCCGUAUAAAUGCUCCAUCUGCCAGAAGGGCUUCAAGCAUCUCUCCGAACUCACGCGGCACGAGCGGGUGCACACGGGAGAGAAGCCUUUCAAAUGUGACACAUGUGACAAGGCCUUCAGUCAGUCGUCACACCUGCAGCACCACCAGCGAACUCACAGCAGCGAACGCCCGUUCAAGUGUGCUGUUUGUGAAAAGAGCUUCAAGCACCGCUCCCACCUGGUGCGCCACAUGUACGUUCACUCCGGUGAGCACUUGUUUAAAUGCAACUUAUGUGAGCUGCACUUCAAAGAGUCGUCGGAGCUUCUUCACCACCCCUGCCACCCACAGGGAACCCGCCCGUUCCGCUGCGCUACGUGCGGUAAGGGUUUCAAACGGCCGUCUGAUCUCCGACAGCACGAGCGGACGCACUCCGAGGAGCGUCCCUUCCACUGCGACGAGUGUCAGAUGAGCUUCAAGCAGCAGUACGCCCUGGUGCGCCACCGACGCACUCACAAAGACCCCACUGACCGGCCGUUCAAAUGCAACCUGUGCGACAAAGGCUUCAUGCAGCCCUCUCACCUCCUCUACCACCAGCACGUCCACGGUAUGGACAACCUUUUCAAGUGCGCCUCAUGCCAAAAGGAGUUCAGCCAGUCAGGAGAACUGCUCAGACACAAAUGUGGUGAGUCGCCUAGCACCUCAGCCGACAAGCCGUACAAAUGUGACGUCUGUGGUAAGGGCUACAAAAAGAGUUCAACGUUACAGCGUCAUCAAAACUCUCACUGCCAAGAGAAGCCGCUUAAGUGUUCUCUUUGUGACCGCCGCUUCCUUUCUUCUUCAGAGUUUGUCCAGCACCGCUGCGACCCAUCGCGGGAAAAGCCACUAAAAUGCCCCGAGUGUGAGAAACGUUUCAAAUAUUCCUCUGACCUGAACCGGCACCGACGUGUGCACACGGGGGAGAAACCGUAUGAGUGCAGCCACUGCAACAAGGGCUUUAAACAGCGAGAGCACCUGAUAAAACACCAGAGCACACACUCCCGAGAAGGCCAGUUUAAGUGUGUGUGGUGCGGCGAGCGUUUCAGUGACUUGGGCUCUUUGCAGGAUCACACAGUGCAGCACACGGCGGACGGAGGAGGUUACCCAGUCUCCCAGUGCAUAUAGACCCUCUCCCUUGGACAGACAUUGAAUAGAAUAGAAUAGAAUAGAAUAGAAUGCCUUUAUUGUCAUUGCGUGACUUGCAUACAAUGUACAAAAUUAGGAGGAGAGCAAAGAGCCGACGCACCCGUGCGCGCCGCCAUCUUGAAAAAAUGCCAAACCCCCUCUUGUUUGUCUUUUGGAGGCUGUUUAUCGAGCCUAACUCUUCACGCUAUUCUUCAUUUAGUCGUGUUUUUUAAUUUUGAUACAUGAAGAUUGUGUUGUUUUACUAACCCGCCUAAACCCCGCUCACUCCUGAACUCAGAGUAGGCCUUUUUCGUGUCUGCGACCCUUUUCUCAUUCUCACACGUUUCCCUCCUUUUUUUCCUCAUGGCGGAUAAAAGCAAAGAGUCCACAGCCUCUAUCACUGGCAUAAUCCAAACAGGUAUUAUUUAUGUGUGUGUUUGGUGAAGAGCACAGUAUUGGUUGUACCAAAUAAGUCAACGUCCUCAUAAUCUUACCGGGCCAGAAACUGUCUCGAUGAAUAGACUCUAAUAAGGAGAUCAGUCCCCCUCCUACUCUUUUUCAUCCUCUCCUUGCUCCCCCUCUUCCCCUCAUUCCACGAUCAAGUGUCUUGAUCAGGUGCUGUGGUCGGUACCACAAUACCAUGAGGAAGAAACACCUGGCUCCAUAAACAAACCAAACAACUGAUGAUGACCCGUCAAACCCCUGAUGAUACCAGUCCGACCCUUCAGUGUAGCGUACGGAUGGGUGAACAAUUAAAGGAAGCAUCAUCACUAAGUCAUGAUUUCAUCUUCGAGUAACCGCAGAACUGCCCCAGUGUGCAAGGCUGAUUUAUACGCAGCAGGGGCUGACGAGGGCAUGAGCACCACAUAGCCGAAACACUUGAGGGCAGUGUGGUCUCUCUGAUAGCCUGUCGCCUGCUUCCGGUCCCGCUACGAUCUGUUUCCUUUCACACAGAGAUUCAGAGCGUGUUAUGUUAAUCUACAGCUGAUACAUGUUGCUGUUUAUCAUACAGACAUGAUUACAUGAGGAAUAGAGAGGAGGAGAUGAAAUACACGGACGAUGAGCGGGGAUCCUGGAAGUGCUGUAAAUGCGGGAAACACAAUGCCGCAGAGUGGACCAAUCACAGGGCUUGCGGUUCGCGUCGAUUCUACGCGUGGUUACAUUUUGGAGGAGGUCCAUGUCAGCUAUGUGUGUAGGCCUCUGCGUAGGUACGGGAGCUACACGGACCUCUGGCGUAGGGUACGCCGUCGAUUUGAUGCAGAAGUAUAAAUCAGGCUUUAAUUCUACCGAUCUCUGGUAUUCUACAGUAAGGGACAGAACUAUUGAUCCACUGAUAUCGGGUUUUCAAUGAUGAUGAUAAUUAGAGAGUAUGUUGGUCAUUCCACACACAUUACAAUCUCAUACAUGUUUGUCUUAGACAGCAACAUGUUUUAAAUUGAUCUUAAAUUGAUUCGAUUCGAGGAAAUUACUGAUGUUUAUUUUAGAAGCAAAAUUAAACAGAAUUAUUCUACACACACAUGUUUUUAAUGAGCGGCCAACAUAGACUAUAAAUAAAGGACGUAGUAUCCGUGACGUCAUCCAUCUGUUUCUGAAGCGCUGUUUGGAAGCCAAUUGUCGGUGGCAGCCAUAUUGGACAUGCGGAACUCAACAUAACUGCUGUGGAGUGAUUGUGAGGUAAAGAGGCGGGCUUUGAGCCUCCUAGCUAACAGCUACAGUGUUCCCGUCUGUCAGUCAAGUCGGCUGUGCCUCUCAUAAUGGAAAACUUGUAAUCUUAAUAUCUUUGAAAUUGCCGCGGUAUGAAUAAAUCUGAAGAGUGUUUCCAGAUUUGAUCAGAGGUGUUCCUUUGUGUUGAUCCAGUAAGUGUAAGAGUGAUUCACAGCUUCAUAGUCACGAGCUUAAUUACCCAUCAUGCCCCGGUGACAGGGACAUUGAAAACUAAAAAGGCGGACUCCCAUCAAAGUAGAAAUCUAUCCAGCACUUCCUUCAGUGCACUGACGUGGACUCUGCAUUUGUUAUUCUCUCCACAUACUUAUUUGACGUCUCCUUUAAUGUUCCACCCAUCUGUACACAGAGAGACUCCUUCUCCUUCAGUAUCGUCGGACUUUCUGAAACGUUUAAACAUCAGCCUGUACAUAUUGUGAUGGCGUGAGAAGACUCUGCCACACGAGCUGGAAAUGUCAGAGUGUGUAUUUCUUAAAAACCAGUAUAUAAGAAUAGUUUUUGUAUUCUUGCUACUUUUUAACAUGUAAACAUUUUGCCAUAAUAUGCUCUCUUGUUGUUUUUGUAGUUCAUGUAGUGAUUGUAUCGAUAUGUUGCAGGCGGCGUCCUGCAGCCGUGUGUGUGUGUGUGAAUGUAAAUGGUAAUCUGUCAAACAGGAAACUUCUGUCUGUUUAACAUUUUCCAUGUUUGAAGGAAAUAUUAAUCCUGUUUUUAUGUUCCAUGUUGCUCACGGCUGACCUCGAGUUAGUCAGUGCAGGUUUAUGUGAGAGUGAGUGACGCGUUCCUCUUUGGGCGCCUGGAGCACACGUUUGUUUACAUGUAAGCUGUGGUAACCCUUGUUUUUAUUUAUCUGCAAACCCCUCUCCCUCUCCACCGUUCCCCUUCUUUCUCUCUUGAUUGUUAGUUUGAGUGCAGUUAAGAGGUGUUGAAUACAGAAGAGGAGGCCAAAGGAGAUAGAAGUUACAUAUCUAUCUUUUUCUUUUAGCCUUAAAAUGAGACCACGGUGCCGCUUUGCCUCUUCCUCCUCCUCCUCCUCCUCCUGUACUCUCUGUAUCUGCCCGUCCUCAGAAUCAUCAUCAUCAUCAUCCUCGAUGAGAUGAUCGGUUCAGUCAAACAUCACUCCUGAAUCUGGAAACAUAAGACUGGGCAGGCAUCUUUAACACAUGCUUAUACAUCUUUUUAUUGAUUUUCUUAAAAAUACAUAUUUAUGUUCUUUGGUGAGGAGACCAGAACCUGGGGUCAGUUGGUUUUAUGUUCUCAGAGUUUUAUUCACUAUCAUAGUUAACAGUUAUUCCUGAAGACAAAACAAAGAAGAUGCUACUCCUAUGAAAAGAGAAGUCAUGUAACAGUCGAAUAUCAAGAAAAAAACAAAACAGAACAGUGAUGGAGGGUUCCAAUUAGGGCUGGGCGACAAUUCGAUAAAGAUAAUGAUGUAAAUUUUCUCAAUAUAAAUAUGACAAAUGUUCGACACAAAUUUGAUAUAUUUAAACAUGUAAUUACAGCUCCCAACCACUGGGAAGGGAGGGGGCGCUAGUGAGCCUUAAACGCUAGUUCCCACCGAACAUUAGACAGAAGAAGAAGACGGCAUUGAGCAGCCAAUCAUGUCGCGGGAUGAGAGGUAGGCGGGGCUUAAAGACGUUUGGAGCAGAAUGUAAACAGCUGAAACGAGCGACACUGAAGAAAACUGAAAACCUAGCAGCUCAAAGCAGAGUCGUUAGUCUGACACUGAGUCGACUCUGAGUUAACUAUUAACUUCAUACACUUCAUUAAAUCUACUUUCAGGAUGUGGGUAAAUAAAUGUGAUUAUGAAAAUGAUCUCACCCUGAGAAAAUAAGAAUCUACAAACUAAAAUGUCACGAAAAUCUCAUCUUCCAUUAAAGACCUGCUUCCUGUUAGCAGCGUCAGAAAUGAUGGAUUCAAGAAGUUCAUCAGAAACUAAAUCCAGAUACAAACUAACAAACUGUCUUCAACUUUCACUCAGGAGCAAAAAUUCACCUUUAAAUUUAAAUAAAAUAAUGAUUUGAUAUUUAUCCUGAUAAUUAUGGAUAUCGACUGAUAUGAAAAAGGUUAGCGUGAUAUCUUUUUUAAUAUUGCCCAGCUCUACUUCAAAUCACUAAAAGUGCUUCAAAUUCCAAUUCCAAAGUGAUGCCAUCACAACGUUAGAUAUCUAUAAUAAUCAGGAUGAUCCAGGCUCAAUGAAAAGACCUCACUGCAGACUUUAAACGUAUUGAUUAUUAUACACACGAGUCAGAAAAGAGCCCGACCCAGCUUCACUUGUUCUGUUUUUAUCGGUGAGGCUGACGUCUUGGAGGGCGUUGUGUAACAAUGAGUGGUUCAGAGGAUAGCAAAGUGAAAAAACAUGCCGUCUCUUCUUACACUUUUAUUAUUUGUGUCAUCCCAUAUUCAACAGGUACUCUGAGAAAGAAGGAGGACACUCUUAUGAAACAUAAAUGAUAUAAAUUAAACGUUCGGUCCGGCGCCCUCAUGACCUCCUCUCCCUGUUUUUGGUUGCAAUCCAUCCGCCUGUCCGCCCCCGGUUUCUCUAUCUCUGCAUGCUUGCUGUGUUAGUUCCUGUGUUCAGUCCCUGGGAACAGGUGACUUCUUUCCCUCCUCACAAAAGCAUCCCCCUCCCCCUCCCCCUCCCCCCCUUUUUCAAAUUGUGAGUAGUUUGUAUGGAUGAUGUUAAAAAGAAGAAAAGAUGGCGACAUGUAGUAUGUGUACAUUCUUGAUAAAGUUUUCUGUAUGUGUAGCUGUCAAUUACACACAUCACUAACAAAUAAAACUUUUUUUACAACCUUGAA